AUGACUCACCUAUGGAGUUGCGAUUCCGUAUGGGACGGAAAAGACUUUACGCCUUGUUUUUGGAGUCGUUUGAAUUACUUGCCCUUCUUUCUCAUAACGAUCUCAGCUACCUACAUCACUUUCUUUUCAAUACGAAAUUACAUUCUUUCUCGUAAACCUUCUCCAUCUCUUUCCCCCGACACACUCAUCUCCCCUCAAGCAGAUGUAAACCUGUCAAGAUUAGAAGCCAACGUCAUUCUUUCUGCUUUAGCUUCAAACCUUCUUCCCCUUCAACAAGAUGCUACUUCAGAGAAACCCAUCCCGGUAGAGGAAGCGCAGGCCAUCAUUGAGGAAUUCCGGAGUAUCGAGUCGCCAGAUGCGAAACGAUGGGAGAAAGUAGGGCGGAUCAUCGGGAUCGCUGGUGGAUCUAUAUAUCUAGCUGUUCAACUAGCUAGUAGCAUAAUCACGAACCGAUGGCUAGACAUUGCUUUCCCCAUGUGGAUCUGCCUUUUGGCACUACUACCAUCUGCUCCUAUCACUCCCUUAAUCACUCUUCAUCUCGUACCAGCGCUCUUGUUAUUAAGACAUCAUGUGAUCACCGGUGGUGUGGGGGCGAUCGAGUUUGUCCCGAUCGUAGUGGAGCUCCUAUAUUGGUUGGUGCUUAUCAGUAUACCUUAUACUCCGAAGCUGGAUCGUCUGUUAGCUGGUGGUAGAACCAAGGGAGGAGGGAGUUCAGGUAGUUAUGGUGCUAAACUACCUCGUCAUCUCGAGGAGCCCACUUCCGCUUUCUCCAAAGCUUCGUACAUGUUUAUGCUUCCUUUCCUGUUCAAGCACUAUUUCAAGACCGUCGCCUUGUCCGAUAUCCCGGCGAUGCGAGAAGAUGACUCCACUUCGGCCUGUUUGGGAGCAUGGCGAGCAUUCCAGGCGAGCCGGGAUCAUUCACACGAAAAGAAACAUGGAAACAAGCGCAAACGUAACCUCGCCUUGGACCUGGUCAUCUUCUUCAACCCGGAGACGAGAACACAAAUGGCUUGGUCAAUUCUCUUCGUCUUCCUGCAAUAUCUUCCCCCCACCGGUCUUCGACUACUGUUGCGGUACGUCAAAGAGCGAACUUCCGAAUCCGAUCCGUACGUUCCUUACCUCUACGUGGCCAUGAUGGCCGCUGGCCAAUGUCUUGGGGUGGUAGCCAUAGGUCAAUGUCUUUACAUCGGUCGACGACUGUGCAUUCGUCUUCGGUCUGUCAUCAUCGCCGAGGUCUUCACAAAAGCCCUACGGCGUCGAGGAGUUGUCGAUGUCACCAAAAAAACCGAGAUCGGCAAAGAUGGUCUGCCCGUUCCAGACAGCGCUGCAGGGGCCACAGACGGAAAGAUUGCAAAUCUCGUCAGUGUCGACGCUUUUCAAAUCAGCGAGAUCUGCGCGUACGGUUUCUAUAUGGCCUCGGCACCAACUGGGGUGAUUCUCAACUGCAUUUUACUGUACAACACCCUCGGCCUCGCUUCUGUGGCCGGGAUAGCGGUACUCGUAGCCCUCAUACCUCUUCAAGCGCUCAUUGGGCGAUUAACGACUAUAGUACAGCGACGACUUAUGUCAUCUACCGAUGCACGACUCCAAGCGGUGACAGAAGUGAUCGCUCAUAUCAAGUUGAUAAAAUUCAAUGCUUGGGAAGAAAAGUUUUACGAUCGUAUGUCUAUCACUCGUACGAAGGAGCUUCAAGUGCUCUCUCAGAAAUUCGGUAUAUUGGUCCUCACCAGCAUCGUUGUCUGGGGCACUCCGGUGCUUGUCACUGCUUGUGCAUUUGCGGUUCAUUCGUUAAUUCUCAAACAACCUCUGACCGCCGAUCGAGCCUUCUCUUCUUUGAUCCUAUUCAACAUGAUGCGAGAUCCCCUUGCUCUUUUUCAAGACACGUUAACUCGAUUGCUUCAAGCGUCCACUUCUUGCGGUCGUAUACAAGAAUUCCUGGAAGAACCUGAAACCCUCAAAUAUUCCCAAGUCACCCAUCCUGGGCCUGACGAUCCUCAAAUCGGUUUCCGGGGUGCUGUUGUAGGGUACACAACCCUUCAAGACUCCAAUAACCCCAUCGAUACCCAUGAACACGAACCGUUCUUCCUUGGCGAACUCGAUAUUUCCUUUCCUCCAGGUCAGCUGAGUUUAGUUGUCGGUCCAGUAGGUUCAGGUAAAACUACCCUUCUUGCUUCAUUACUUGGAGAAACCACACUGGUCAAAGGUCAGAUAUUCAUGCCUGAUGAUCAUGCCAAUCGAGAAGCAUGUCCUGUCGAUCCUCUCACUGGACUGAGCGAUACUGUUGCCUUUUGCGAUCAGACAGCAUGGUUGAUAGGCGCAAGUAUCAAAGACAAUAUCACUUUUGGUUCUCCAUGGGACGCCGAACGAUAUGCCACGGUAGUUGACGCUUGUGCACUCAAAAGAGACUUCGAAAUUUUCGAUCUGGGGGACGAGACUGAAGUCGGGGAGAAAGGAACUACCUGCUCUGGUGGACAAAAAGCGAGGAUCGCCCUUGCUCGUGCGUUAUACUCGUCAGCCAGGACCAUCCUAUUGGACGAUGUACUAUCCGCUGUGGAUGCUCAAACAGGUCGACAUCUCUUCACUCAUUGCUUACAAGGUCCAUUAGUACAAGGUCGAACUAUCAUCCUGGUCACCCAUGCAGUGUCACUUGUAGCACCAGCAGCAUCCUUCGUUGUCAUCCUCGACUCAGGAUCAGUAAUGGCAUCAGGACCUCCUUCUCAACUUAUCUCUUCCGGUUUACUCGAUUGUCCAGAAGAUGAUGUCUCAUCAGGGUCAGGUUCUACCACACUCUCCCCAAUCGAAUCGACAGCAAGCGAUUCCCCCACUUCUGACAGAACGAAAGUUGAUAUCAUUGAAGAAAAUCUGAACGAUAUCCCGACGGAUAAUUUGGAACAAGCGAAACAAGUUGACAAAGAUCAGGCGGUACCUGGAAUUUCGAAACAAUUAGUAGCUACGGAAUCUCAAGGAGAAGGAAUGGUAUCUUACAAAACGUAUAAAAUGUAUUUUACAGCUAUGGGCGGAAUACCUUUUUGGGUCAUUCUCAUCGCUGCUUUCGGGUUGUCACAAGUUACUCAAGUAGGAUCGACAGCCUGGAUUAGAGAUUGGGCGAACGCUUAUGAUUCUCGAGCGGAGAUUUUGUCUUGGGUGACGAGCAGGAGUACUGGAUUUUAUCUGGUGGUUUAUGUAGCUAUAAGUGGAUUGUAUUUGACUUUCGUUGCUACUAGAGUCGGGAUAGCUAUGUUGGGGAGUUUGACGGCUAGUAAGAGGUUGUAUAGGAGGUUGUUGAGGAGGAUUUUGGGGGCGAAAAUGAGAUUCUUCGACUCCACGCCCUCAGGAAGAAUCAUGAAUCGACUGUCCAAAGACAUGUCCUCCAUCGAUAUAGAGGCGACUGAAAUCAUGGUAUAUUUCGCCAACACAGUGUUGUCCUGUGCCGCUAUAAUCAUCGUUAUCGUGCUUUCCACUCCCGCCUUCCUCUUUGCCAUGACCGUCAUCACCAUUAUGUACUGGAUCGUCGGCGCGUUGUACGUUGCCACGUCGCGCGAGAUCAAGAGAAUGGAUAGUGUCACACGUUCCCCUUUGUUCAUCUCGUUUUCCGAAGGACUAGUGGGUAUGGCCACGAUCAGAAGUUAUGGUGAUAGUGCUCGAUUCAUGAGAAAGAUCUUUCAGGAACUGGAUCAGAAUCUACGUUGCUUUUGGUACCUAUGGCAAGCCAAUCGUGUUCUAAACAACUUUUCCAACUUUGUCGGAUCCCUCGUCACUGUCUUUGCUUGCGUUUUCGCCCUCAACAACCCCAGCAUGAAUGCUGGAGCAGUAGGAUUCUCCAUCACGUAUGCUUUAUCAUUCACCGAAUACGUCCUAUGGGUCGUACGUCUGUAUGCUGCGUCGGAGAUGUCCAUGAAUUCUGUCGAACGAGUCGGCGAAUACCUGGAGCUUGAAGCGGAAGAAGACCAAAACCAAAAAGGCGAGGAACCGCCGGCGUAUUGGCCAUCCAGGGAUGGUAGCGUUGUCGUCGAGAAUUUGACUUGUCGAUAUGCUCCUCAGCUCGAUCCGGUUCUGAGAGACGUUUCUUUCACCAUCGGUCCCAGGGAGAAGAUCGGGAUUUGCGGUCGGACAGGAAGUGGGAAAUCCACUCUUGCCUUGUCUUUCUUCAGGUUUUUGCACCAAGAAAGGGGACGGAUAGUCAUUGAUGGGAUUGAUAUCGCCAAAUUGUCUCUCACAACCCUUCGAUCGAGACUCACUAUACUGCCUCAAGAAGCUCAACUCUUUUCCGGCUCUAUCCGUGACAAUCUUGACCCAUUUGGUCAACACGAGGACAACGAGAUAUGGGACGCCUUACGACAAUGUGGUCUAGCUGGUAAAACGCCAUUCGUAUCCAGGGCCCCGAGUCGGUCAGGAAGUCGUUUGAACUUGUCAAAACUUUCUACCCCUACACGAGGACACCCGAACGCGGAGAGGAGUUUAGGCGGUGGGAAAUCUGCCGGGAGACAAUUGGCGGAGAGACUUGCAAAGGCUGAGAUUGGUCAAGAGAGGGAAGAGACAGAGGGGAGUGAGGAUGGGUCGGAGGUUGGAGAGAAAGUCACGAUAAGGAGUUUGGAGGAGAAGGUUGCUGUUGGAGGAAAGAACUUUAGUCAAGGCCAAAGACAACUACUCGCUCUGGCUCGAGGUCUUCUGAAACUCCGCAGUUCGAGCUUCUUGGUGAUGGAUGAAUCUACUGCCAACUUGGAUCAUCGAACAGAUCAGACCAUCCAGAAUGUUUUGAGGACAGGAUUGGCGGAUAUUCAGAUGUUGGUGAUUGCUCAUCGAUUAAUGACUGUUUGUGGGUUGGACAAAAUUCUAGUCUUGGACCACGGUCAAGUUGUGGAGUUUGGCACGCCAUACGAUUUGAUGCAAAGAGAUGGACCGUUCCGAGAUCUAUGUCGUCAGAGUGGGGAAGAAGGGCAACUGUUAGAACUCGCUACGAGGGUCCAUGAGGCUAAAGGCGACAUGUGAUGGGAGGGUAUCAAAGAUACAUACUGUACAAGUACGAAGUAGAUUAUGCAUCGCAUUGGAGUCUAG